UUGCAGUUAAAUGUAUUUUUACAUGCAAAUCAUAACUGAUUUUGAAUUGGAGGCGCUUCAAUUUUAUUUAGCAAAACGGACCACACGUGUAUACGUAAUAGGUCGUGUGUCCAUGGUGUGUCAGCUGACCGAUGAUGUUAUAGUGGAGAAUGGUGCUUGGACGGGAACCCAACUCCGGAGAGUUUUAGUGAGUAGUUAAAAUAUUGAGGAUCCCAGCGCAGACUGAAAUGACUACAUGACAAAAAUAACACACUGCCUGGUAUGGUUGACGUCAUCAGCAAAGUUCCGAUAAUUGGAAAGAUUCACAAGGCGGCUCAGAUCAAUUAGAAACAAUUUUGUGAAACAUGCAAAGCGUAAUAGACCAACGUUAGGGCUUCACAUCAGUCACUGGCAAAUCUAGCUUCGCUGAACCAUUCAUUAACCCAACAACAGGUACUGUAUACAUUAAAAUCGAACGCGAUUUAGAAAGGAUUGAUUGACUUGAAUCCUCAACCACAUGAGCCGAGUCCGAUCCAAUAUGGAGAAAAUCAGGGCAAUGUUAAAGUCAAUUGAGUGGAAUAAACCCAGAGUCGUUAAACUAAGCUUAAUGUCUAAACCUGGAGUUGAUCAAAAUCGAUAACAGAUCACGGAUAUAGAUCGAAGGAUUAAAGGAGUAUUGGGUUAAGAUGAUCUAGUGAUUAAAUAAUCAGCUGAGGAUUAUCCACCUGCUACCAUUUCACUGUGUUUUGGAAUGAUGUCACUCUCACUAUUUUCCUAUGAUUGAUGCCCCUAUAGAGAAACAUAUCAUUUAUGAACUGCAUAUGGAGCCCCAUGAGAUUAAGCGAUAUAAAACAGUGCACUCACAUGAGUUUCUGUAAAAAUAUAUGACCAUAUCUGGAUUUAUAGGAGAUCUUCACCAACGCUAGAAUCACAUUCAAAUACAACAGGCCAAUUCAUCAACAAAGCAGAAAACCUUUACUCUUCGAUAUUUCAUAAUCUGGUAACGAGCCAACCAGUGUCUGUGAGAUCCAAUUUUCAUCAACGAGCUGGUACAGAUGCAACGGAAUAGUGCCACAGCUCGCACUGAACAAGAAGGCAGUAAUUUACAUUGGAACAGAUAUCUCCAUUGGUAGAUUCUAAAUAUAUAUCAAUGGGCCGUAGAAAUGAGCCAAAAUUAACGGAUUGUGUUAAUUAAGUACGGAACUUGCAAUGAAACAAUCAGGAGUCACUUGUCUUGGAAGAAUAAGGAUAUUAUUCCAUGUUAGAUUGUAAUAUUCAGCGCAACGAUGGAAAUCCAAUCAACUGGUAUGAAAAUAUGAACAAUGCAGUUUGGUUCAGAGUGAACCCAAAGAAUACUUCAAAUUAAUUAAUGAUGCUGGAGAACGCAUUGCUUCAAGCGAAAUAAAACCAAUUUACACAGGUAGGAAUUAAUUCGGAAGUUUGAACAGGUGUUUUACACAUUGACCAGUAUAUGAUUGCAACGAAUAUAUACAUGUAUAUACUAAAGUUUCAUAUUUGACUCUGCUCAUAUCAAUUUGGAUAUAUAUACACUCAAUGCCAACCGAAUGGUUGAAAUGGAUGAUAAACUAAUUGCUUCAAUUUAUAAUGGAUCUCAUGGAGCGUACUUUCAACCAGGGGAUAUCAGUCAAUUAGUUUGACGUUAUAACAACAACUAUAAUGUUGCGAAUGAUGUUAAAUAGGUACCAACAUCUAUUCAUAUGCAUUCUGAUUGCCUCGGGGAUUUUGGAUUAUGUUUGUCAGGUUAAUUCACAAGAAGACUCAAGUUUCAAAGGGCGCGCAGUCUUGGAGAAGGGUGAUUUAAUGCUCGGUGCCCUUUUCCCAGUGCACCACUCGCCAAACGAUGCAAAAAAUGAAUACACUAGAACGUGUGGUGGUUACUGGGAACAAUAUGGAAUGCAUAGAAUUGAGGCAUUCUUAUACAUCCUUGAUGAGAUCAACAAUAACCAAAACAUCUUGCCUAACAUUAGUCUCGGCGUGAACCUCCGUGACUCAUGCUGGUACUCCCCCGUAGCUUUAGAACAGUCCAUUGAUUAUAUAAAAACGUCAAUCGCCAAUCAGGAGAAUAUAAGAAGGUCGAGCGAAGAAGCGGAUGACCCUGGGAGUCAAAAGGCAUGCGCAAGUGAGGCAACUGGUGAGGCGAUUGCCGCGCUUAUAGGACCUGGCUCAAGUUCAAUCACAAUCCAAGUUCAGAAUCUCCUCUCUCUUUUUGCCAUCCCCCAAAUUGGAUACUCUGCAACGUCCAUGUCUUUGAGUGAUAAAACGUUAUUUCGUUACUUUUUGCGGGUGGCUCCAUCAGAUGUAUUGCAAGCUCAAGCCCUGGUAGAUAUCGUACAGAAAUUCAACUGGACCUACGUUUCUACAAUAUUUACUGCAGGUGAUUACGGCCAGAAGGGCAUGGAAGCGUUUCAUAAAAAACUUGAUACGCUGGACCAUAUAUGUGCAGCAACAAGAAAGCAGAUAGCCGAAAACGCCGGACCGGAUGAAUUUGACGAUGUCAUUAAAGCACUCUUAUUAACCCAUACAGCUCGAGUGGUAAUCUGCUUCUGCCAAGGGACAACUAUCACGAAAUUGUACGAGGCUGCCAAGAGGCGCAACAUAGAAGGGCUCUUCCUAUUUAUAGGCAGUGACGGCUGGAACGAUCGACCUGACGUUGUUGAAAAUAUCGAGGAACUUGCAGCGGGUGGUAUGUCUAUUCGUUUAUCAUGUCCACAUACAAAAUGGUUCGACGAGCAUUGGUUGAGUCUGAAGCCAGAGACGAAUACAAGAAACCCUUGGUUCAAAGGAUUCUGGCAAGAGAAGUUUAAAUGCUAUCUGAAUGGCUCAGAUAGAGAUGCCAGAUACACUACACCAUGUACUGGAAAUGAAGAUCUCUCUCAAGACUUCAAACCAGAUGCCAAGAUCGGGUUUGUGGUCAACGCCAUCUAUACCGCUGCAUAUGCACUACAUGAGAUGCACCAGGACCUUUGCAACGGAACCCCAGGUGAUCUAUGUCCUGCUAUGUUCCCUAUAAAUGGCAGUACCUUCAAGGACUACCUGAUGAAUGUUUCGUUCACAACUUAUGCCAAUGACAAACUAUCAUUUGAUGAGUUUGGAGAUCCGCCUGGGAGGUACGACAUAUUGAACUACCAGAUGUUCCCGGGAGAAAAUGGUACCAAGACAUACGAUUAUGUUCAAAUUGGUUCGUGGGACAGUAGAAAUCUCACUAUGGAUAUCGACAAGAUUUACUGGCCGAAGAAAGGAAGGGGAGCAAUUAUAGAAUCAGUGUGCAGUCAGCCAUGUCCAAAGGGACAAGUAAAGAAAAUACAACAAUCGCGGGAUCACUGUUGCUGGCUUUGUAGCCCAUGCAAAGAAAACGAGAUACUCUUAGAUGAAUCCACGUGCCAACCAUGUGCGAAAGGAUGGUGGCCAAAUGCUGAGCUCACAGCCUGCAUUCAGAUCAAAAUAGAAUACAUCAAAUGGACUGAUACAGAAGCUGUUGUAGGAGUGGCUAUUAGUUGUGUUGGAUUAAUCACGACCGGAUUUGUGACCCUAACCUUUGUUAGGCAUAAUAAUACGCCAGUCGUUAAAGCCUCCACACGAGAACUAAUGUAUUUCAUCUUAGUCGGGAUUGUGAUGUCAUACACUGUAACAUUCCCGCUUCUCGCAAAGCCAUCCCUAGUCACGUGUUAUCUAACGAGAAUUCUACCGGGAGUUGGGUUUGCUCUGAUCUAUGGAGCACUAGUGACAAAAACGAACAGAAUAGCGAGAAUCCUAUCUGGUUCAAAGAAGAAGAUAAUGACACGAAAACCCAGAUUUAUGAGUGCUUCUGCUCAAGUGGUUAUAACAUGUUUAAUAAUCGGAAUUGAAUGCGCCAUCAUUACAGUGAUGUUGAUCAUCGAACCUGCAGAUUCCACGAAAUAUUACCCUACAAAUACUAAAGUACAGCUCAUAUGUAAUACCUCUACGUACGGGAUGAUAGUCCCUUUAGGUUUUGAUUUACUACUUAUCGUAAUGUGCACUCUUUAUGCCAUUAAGACAAGGAAUCUUCCUGAAAAUUUCAACGAAGCAAAAUUUAUAGGAUUUACAAUGUAUACGACUUGUAUCAUUUGGCUCGCAUUUGUUGGAAUAUAUUUUGGAAGUGCAUCACAAGUCAUAACAGUGUGUUUAGCAAUGAGCCUAAGUGCGUCUGUAGCACUAGUUCUUUUAUUUUUCCCUAAAAUUUACAUUAUCAUUUGCAAGCCAGAGAAGAAUAACAGGAGUGCUUUUACGACAUCAAAAGAGGUCAGGUGUCACAUUGGGUCUCAAAUCAGCCAAAACAGAACAUCUCAUUCCAAUUCAAACGACAGUAUAGAGAGAUAUGGUAAUCACCAUCACAAACCACCAAUGUAUAGACAAAAGAACAAUUUAUUUACUAAUUGGAAAAGAAAGAGUUUAACAAAAUCACCCAAUCCUCAAAGGGGAGGCAAUGGAGCUAGUCAUGUUAAUGCAAAUUCAACUAUUCGACCUAGAAGUCUCCUGAGGUCCGAUUCUAUUCACGUCCCUGAUCCUUCUGUAUCAAAACAUAGGGAAUCAAUUCCACUUAGGGACACACAAAUGAGAAGAAGUCUGGUGGAGUUAAUGAAUCGUAAAAACCAUGACUAUGAUUACGACCCCUAUAUGCUUGAGAUGGAUGAAUGUGUAGGGACCUCCUCAAACUUAGUUCCAAACGGAUCAGCUUUCAAAAAUAAAUGUUAUAGUCAAGACAGUGGUUGUCAAACGGAUGAUUUUCUACUGCAAAAUAUAGUCCCUAGUCUUAGGAAGAGGUUGUUGGGAAAGAAGGAUUCAAUGGAAGAAACAAUGGGCGAGCUAUGUGCAAUUAUUAAUGGACCUACAAGAAAAUCUAGCAAAAGUAGUCUCAACAGUGGAUCAUCUUCAGGUAAAAGUAGUCAUAAAAGUAAAGACAAAGUACAAGUUUGUUCGCCUGCUUAUGAGCCUAAGGAAACAGAUAGUCUCUUGCAUAAUGAGCAGAGUCCUGAAAGUGAUAAAGAAAAUGCCCAUUAUGCUGUAGAUUUAGAUUCUUCAUCUGGCGGUGAGGAACCUACGAGCGAUCAUGGAAGUAAGUAUGAAGACAUUGAGGACAUUCUCGUGUCUGCAUGUACUAAUCAGGGUAAUCAAAGAAGCAAAAUAUACUAUAAUUCAAAAAUGCCAUUGGGAACUAAAAGAAAUAUGUUCAAAAAGACACACAACCCCGACUCUACAGACACUGGAGGCAGUAGUGUGGACACUGUAUGCUCUAACCUGAAUAUUCCCACAUUUCAAGAGGAUGACAUUAUUAGUUAUAUGAAACCUGGUUAUCAAAGUUAUAAGAGGCCAUCGUUGGCCAAUGUUGAAAUCAAAGAGGAAUCAAGAUGCCCUUCAAGCGCCGAUAGUGCACAAAGUUAUAAAAUGGAUACUUUAAACAUUCCAAAUCAAGGCCACACACCAACUAGUGAAUGCCCAACUAUUGAGACGCGCAUUUCUAGUGCAUGCAGCCAUCUGAGUAAUAGUAGCAGUGGGAGUGAAGGCAGUGGAUCGAAAAGCGGAAGUGCGUCACUUGAGGAUGUGACCGGCAUGCCUCUUCUUGAAGACGAAGAGGAUAGUGUUGAACAGUUUCAAACAUAUUUGAGAACACGUGGCAUGGAAUUAGAUUUAAAUGCAGUACAAUCGAGUGAUGUGUGAUUUUUAUUAAUUUUAAAUGCAUGACUCAUCAAUUAUGUAAAUCGUCUGUAUAUAAGUGUUAUGUGAUUUUUAUUUCUAUAUUUAAAAAAACAACACGAUUCAUUAAAAAACUGCAUCAUUCAUCUUUUCGCUAUAGUAUUUUCAUAGAUGAAACCAUCAACAUGAACACCGUCCCAUACUUAGUUAUAAUUCUUUUGACAAUCCUCGAAAAACAACGAUAUAGUAAAACGGGAAUUAUUACCAGGAGUUAAGAUUCCUAUGUGAGAUAUCAUGGAAAUCAAGAAUCCUUACAAUCCAUUUAGGAAUUCUUAAAUUUAUAUUUAAGUCUGAGUCAUACCAAACUAUUUCUUACUACGUUCUUGAUUUUUUUCUAAAUGGGCUUAAAGCUGUGUGCGAAUUGAUUGGACACAGCUAGACAUUUUUGGCGUCAAUCCUAUUGUGGCUCGUUCGACAAAUGACAAAAAUGCAAAAUAAAUAGUUCGUGAGGACUUGGCAGCAUAAUAACGUUUAUAAAAGUCCGUGUUAGGUUCUUAUAAGAUUUAUCUCCUCGUUAGCUCAUAUUAUGAGCUAUUGCAAUCACUCACUUGUCCGUCUGUCUGUCCCUCUGGCCGUCUGUCAACA